AGCAGAGCCGUCCAAUCAGCGGCCUCCAUUCAUGACAGCUGGCCAAUGACAGAGCCCACCUCAGGCUGGAAACUAUUCAACAUGGAGACCACAGUUGAUAAACUAGAGGCGAUGUUCCUGAAGUCGGAGGCAGACCUGGAGUACAUUGAGAAGCGUCUGAAGCUGGACUUCAUCAACAACGCUUCAGAGAAUGGAUGUGCUGCUAAGGAGAACCCGGCGGUGAUGCUGGAGAACCUGAGGGCCAUCAAGGCCAAACACACAGCGCUGAGCUCGCAGGUGAAGGAGAUCACAGCGGCUCAGAAAGAAUCCAUGGACUCCAUCAGAAACAACCUGAGCACGGCCAUGGAGCUGGUCCAACACUUCCAGCAGACCACUGAUGAUCUGGUUGAUCCAGCGACAGAGUCAGAGCAGGAGUCAGCAGAGCUGCUGGGUGUCAGUGAGCCCACAGAGACGCCUCCUGCUGCAGCAGCCUCUGAACCCCCGCAGCCACCGAGCUGUGAGAAUGAGGAUCUGAGUGAAGCCAUGUUUGAGUCGCUCCCUCUCAGCGUCCGCGCCAACAUCAAGCUCUCCGACCUCAACACCUUCUACCAGCAGCUGCAGCAGCACAGCAGCACUGACAGUGCCCCCCUCAGUGUGCAGAAGAUGAAGCAGAUGAAGAUGAAGGUGAGCGAUGCCAAGCUGAAGGCCCUGCAGCAGCUCUCUCUGGUGGAGCUGGACAGGAAGGGCCACGUCCGCCUCGUCAUGUGAGGCCCCCGGCCCCCAGAGACUGUUGAGUGAGGGGUGGGGGGGUGUCUAUGGAUUUGCUCCAUCUGGAGUAGUAAAGACACUGAGGGCCCCUACAUGUUUGUGGGUACAUUGGCCGUAUUUUCAGCCCUCACGCUGUUUCCUGUUGCAGUUUCAACAGGUUUGAAGCAUGAUGGGUAUUCAGAUGCUCAAGCUGCAGCUGGUUUUUAUUAAGAGACAUCUACAGCUAACACAUCACUCAAGAACUUUGUCAAAGGAUUUUAAGUCAAGAUAAAUAGGGUCAAUUAUUGAUAAAACAUUCUUAUACAGCACAAAGUAAGAAAACAAAACGGCUCUUUUUCAAUGGCUCUAACGUUGAAGACGGCAGAAUCUUUUUACCUGCUACAUACAAACUGAUUAGUUUACAGAAUUUCUGAACACAUUUUUGAAAAUGUCAAUGAAUACAGCUCUGUCUUUAGUACUCGUAACCAACAAGCCAAAUGCUCUUGUAAAUAACUCAAAGAAACACACCUCAAAGAACACUUCCUUAGUUUGACUGAUGAACACUGAGCCUGGUCCUCACACACUCCUCCUGUACUGAUCAGAAAAGGUACAUUUUGUUUAAGAUGUUUGAUAAAACACAUUUCUUAUUCAGUUCUGGAAAAGAAGAUUUUGCAUUCUUGCACUUUGGAUAUAAAGUCUAUUUCAAAUUAAACUGUAAAUACGCUUGAUAAUGGUAAUAUAACUGCUAAUGGUGAUAACCUAAUUAUAUUACAGGUGCUGUAUAUAAGGAAACUGCUGUUUGUGAAAUACUUCUUUCCUAUUCUUUGACUUGCCGUGUGUAUUUUUUAGUCUAGCCCAGGUGUUUCUUAAGCACACUAUGUAUGAAUCUUAAUAAAGUUUACCAGUUGGGACAUUCUU